GGUUACAUUGUAUCGCACCCUCAGCAUUGAGAGAUACAAACAACCAUUAAGAUAUAUUAGAGAUUCAGCGGAAUCGAGUCCAGGAAUUAUACUGUUGUGGAAACAUGCGGAAUAUUGGACUUUUCUUCUCGGACUAUUGAAGGAUGUGAUUUAUAUCCAACCAGGCUUGAAACUCAAUCUCAAUUUCCUAUCGUAACCGGUAUUUUUCAAUUUUUGAACGGGAUCUCAACGUGUGGAGGCUGCACUCGUCCACUGAAUUGGUUUUCCCUUUCCAGUGCUGUUGGGUUUCUUGGGAGCACGUUGAUUGAUUUGUCUGUCAAAUUUACCACAUUUUUGGGGUUACUGAAGUAUUUUACCUUUCAUCUCAGGAUCUAUGGAGUGUACAUAGAAUAUUCGUUGGACUGGGGUUUUCAAACAGGGCCAAGAUGUGGGUGAGCGGGCAGGUGGAGAGACAGCCCUGAGUGCGAGCGUGUCCUCUGAGGAGGCCGACCCCCCGGGGCACAGCUGGGCCGCUGGCACUAAGAUGUCCCUAAGCAGUGUCACUGCAGGAGGGAAAGGUGUGGACUCAAACGCAGUGGACACUUACGACAGCGGUGAUGAGUGGGACAUCGGUGUUGGAAAUCUGAUCAUUGACCUCGACGCCGACUUGGAGAAAGACAAACUAGAGAUGUCGGUCAGUAAGGAUGGCGGGGGGCUGGCGGGCCCUGCUGCUGCUGCGGGGGCCGCGCUCCCCGAGAACAUUACCUUUGUUACCCCCGUACCCUCCGGCCAGGGGAAGGAUGUCAAACCCAGAUCUAAGCGCAGUAAGAACUGUAAGGACAGUGGCAAGGCCUCGGCCUCAGACGGGGCCAAGAAGGACCUCCAGGGGCGCCCCAACACCGACCCCACCGCCCCCACUGCCCCCCCCGCGGCCCUGGGGCCGCCAGCAGCCGCCAGCACCGGGAAGGGACCCGAGAAGAGCAGCAAGGCCUCGCGCACGCAGCCCUGCGGGAGGAAGGAGAGGGACGGGGCGGCUGGGAAAACUAAGAAGGAGAAAGGGGAGGUAGUUGCCGCUGGGGUGGCUAACGCUGAGAAGGAGUCUGGGGCCCCCGUCCUCCCCUUCGAGGGCUCGCUGAACACAGACUUGGUUGCGGCCGAUCAGGUUGGGAAUAUGACCGUAGAUGCCACAGGGGUUGUGGCGCUGGUGGCCAUUAAGAGUGAGCCUGAAGACAUGGACAGCUCGGAGUGCAGGGACGUGAAAAAAGUGAAGAGUGAAAAGAUGGAGUCUCCGGUCUCCACGCCUGCCCCUCCACCCCUCCACCUGCUGGCGGGCAGCAGUGACAUUGCCUCCCCCUGUGAGCAAAUCAUGGUCCGCACGCGCUCCGUAGCGGUCAACACCACGGACGUGGCCCUGGCCACCGAGCCUGAGAGCCUGGGACCCUGCGAGCCGGGGACCAGCGUCAACCUGGAGGGCAUCGUCUGGCAGGAGACAGAGGACGGCAUGCUGGUGGUGAAUGUGACCUGGAGGAAUAAGACAUACGUGGGAACUCUCCUGGACUGCACACGACACGACUGGGCGCCCCCAAGGUUCUGUGAAUCUCCUACCAGCGAUCUGGAGAUGAGGAGCGUCCGUGGCCGGGGGAAGAGGAUGCGUCCCAACAGCAACACCCCCGUCAACGACAACAGCAAUUCGUCCGACAACAAGGGCAGCAGCAGCAGCAAAACCCGCGCGGCUUCCAACAGCAAGGGCCGGCGGGGCAGUCAGAACUCAUCUGAGCGUCGCACGCCACCCAACAGCAACACGGAGGACGUGAAGGCCAGCCCCUCAUCGGCCAACAAGCGCAAGAACAAGCCUGCGUCCGACAUGGAGCCCAACUCCAGCUCGGAGGACACCAAGGGUAGCAAGCGCAUGCGCACCAACUCCAACAGCGGAGGAGUCCCGCUGCCCCCCCACGCCACCCUGUCUGUCCCCUCCAUCAAGACAGAGCCCCCGCCCCCACCCCUGCUGGAUCGCAACUGCCCCUCGCCAGUCCUCAUCGACUGCCCCCACCCCAACUGCAACAAGAAGUACAAGCACAUCAACGGCCUUAAGUACCACCAGGCCCGCGCCCACAACCACGACGACAUCAAGCUGGACCUGGACGGGGACAGCGAGUACGGAGAGGACUCCACCCUCCAUCCCGAUCCAGCCAACUGCAAUGGAGCUUCGAUCUCCCAGAAGGCCUGCCUGUCCCCCGCCCGCUCGGUCACGCCUAAGGGGCGGGGCUUUGAGGCCCAGAGCCCCUCCCCCGGGAAGUUGGGUCCCAAGCAGUGCAAGAAGAAGCCUGGCGAUGCCGAGGCGGGCGCUGGGGGCGUGGCCAUGGAGGGCUGUGAGGAGGGGCCAUGCUUGACGGACGAGGCCAGUAACGAUGAUGUCGACGACAAGAAAGAUAAGUCCAAGAAGGCGAGCAGUGGCUCCAAGGCUGACAAGCUGGCCCAGAAAGCUCUAAAGGCUCGGCCCAUCGCCCCGGCCAUACCUCCCCAGCAGCUGUACUCCCUACAGACCGCAGGAUUCCCCCCAACCGGCCCCGGGCACACCUCCGCCAUGGGCUCAGUGGUUCAGUCCAUUCCCAAGAGCCCGCAACUGAAAGCCAUCCAACCCAAGCCUUCCAUACUAGCGGAGCCCUUGUCUGUGAACCCCACCCUGAGCGCGUCCAAGGACAAGAAGAAGAAAGAGAAGAAGAAGAAGGAAGGGGGGAAGGAGGGGGACAGCCCCAAGGGGCCGGUGAGAGCAGGGAAGCCGGAGGAGGGGAAGAGCCCGUACUCUGAGUCGUCUGACCCCGGCAGCAGGAGCGACGGGCUUCUGAACGGCUCGUCGGACCUACACCAGAGCCGGCUGGCGAGCAUCAAGGCAGAGGCCGACAAGAUCUACAGCUUCUCGGACAAUGCCCCCAGUCCCUCCAUCGGCGUGGCCAGCCGUAUCGAGAGCGGUGGCCUGGCCACGCCCCUCAACGUGGUCACGCAGAACGGAGCCGACAGCUCCUCCGUGAAGACCAACAGCCCCGCCUACUCUGACAUCUCGGAUGCCGGCGAGGACGGCGAGGGUCGGGUGGAGGGCGUCAAGGGUAUCAAGUCUGAGGAGCACUCUGUCCGGGAUGGAGCCAAGAAGGCCCUGUUCACCUCCCAGGCCCCCAGCAAGGACUCUCCCUACUACCCCGGCUACGAUGCCUACUACUCCCCCAACUACACCAACCCCAGCCCGGGCGUGUCUGCCUCGGCACCCCUCCAGGAGGGGGCCCCGGUGAAGGUGAAGAAAGAGGAGGACCAGGAGCCGACGGAGGAGAAGGUGAAGGUAGAGCACCAGGAGGAUCGCAAGCCUGAGCUGGGUCCUCUGGGGCAGCAGCAGACCUCUGUCAUCCAGCAGCGCUCCAACAUGUACAUGCAGCCUCUCUACUAUAACCAGUACGCCUACGUACCUCCGUACACCUACCACCCUGCCGACCAGGCCUACCACAACCACUUGAUGAACACCAACCCGGCCUACCGGCAGCAGUAUGAGGAGCGCCACCGGCAGGCGGCCGAGCAGCACCGCAGCGCCGCCGACAAGAAGGCGGAAGGUGCCGGGAAGGAGCGGGACAGCUCUGGGAAGGGGGAGGACUGGAAGCAGAAAGCCUCGGUUCCCCCCACGCUCUCCAAAGCCCCCAGUCUCACGGACCUGGGGAAGGGCGGGCCGCCGCAGGGCAAGCCCAAGGAGCCCAGCUCCUCGUCCUCGGAGCAGGCCCAGUCGGUGAUCAUGCCCAAGGGGGAGGACGCCAAGACGCCCGGCCAGCAGGUGGAGGGGCUGAAGAUGAAGCUGAACGAAGGAGGGCAUCAUGGGAAGGAUGAGCCCAAGGCUGGCAUGGAGUCAGGGAGGCCAUCCGCUAUGGAGCAGGCCAUGUGGUACCGACAGGAGCCUGACUCUCGGCUGUGGCCCUACGUCUACCCUAACAAGUACCCUACCGAGGCGCAGAAAGCUCAGGAGGAGGAGAGGUGGAAGGAGGAACGCGAGCGGGACCGAGAGAGGGACCGGGACCGGGAGAGAGACAGGAAGGGCAAAGAGGACCGGGCGCGACCCAAAGAGGAGAGCAAGGAGGGGGCGGAGCCCCGGCCCUCGGCCCCUGAGGAGCACCGGGCUUUGGGGAAGGAGCAGCGCGGCACCACCCACAUGCAGUUCUCCUCGCCGCUGGCCCAGCACCAGUCCUACGUGCCCUACAUGCACGGGGCCUACGCCUACAGCCAGGGCUACGACCCCGGACACCCGGGCUACCGGGGCAUGCCCUCGGUCAUGAUGCAGAACUACCCCGGGUCAUACCUGGCGGCCGGCUACUCCUUCUCCCCCUACGGCAGCAAGAUGGGGCCUGGGGAGGAGGGGGGUGAGAAGGCUGCCCGCGCCAGCCCCACCGUCAGCAAGGCCUCCUCGGAGUCCAAGGCCUUGGACAUCCUGCACCAGCACGCCAGCCAGUACAAGAGCAAGUCCCCCACCGUCAGUGAGAAGACGGGUCACGAGCGUGAGCGGGGGAGCGGGGAGCGAGAGAUGGACCGGCCGCGCUCUUCUCCCUCGCAGCGCAUCAUGCCGUCCCAUCACCACCUGGGCUACCCCCUGCUGCCUGGACAGUACGACCUGUCCUACGCUACAGGUCUGUCCUCGUCAGCCAUCGUGGCUAGCCAGCAGGCCUCCGCCCCCUCCAUGUACCCUCCUCCCAGGAGGUGAGGACGGGAGCCGGCCUCGUCCUUGGCCUUGCCUGGAGCCAUGUGACUGGAUCACAUGAUCAAGUGUGCGGAGCUGUGAUCGUUGGACAUCAGUUGACGGUGUUUGUUUGUGUUUCGUUUCUUCUGCCUGAAUGUUCUUGCGGCGGCUUCUCCCAGCGCCCCGGUUGGCCGCUCCCUCCCCGGCCUCGCUGAGGCUCCUCGGCCGGGGGCUCAGGCAGGGAGAACGGGAAGGAGGUCAGACAGACUGGGUAGCGAACCCUGAAACUACACACUUUUCAGAUUACCCUUUUUGUUUGGUUUUGUGUUUAGUUUUUGUUGUUUGAGCCAGACUUAGACGAGAGGGGAGCAGGGUUGGGAUGUUCUCCUGCCUCUCCUCUCCACUCGGAGGUUCUCUAUGCAAGCAGACGCUGCUCAUCACGUACCGACACACCGGCCGUAUCAACCUCACCCAGGAGAGGAGCCUUCCACUUCCUGUUUGAUCUGUUGUUGUUGUGAGAUGUUAUUAUCCGCCUACUUGAGUUCCGAGACAAUAUCCACAUUUGGGGUUUUUGUACAUGGCUUUUGUUGUAGUUGUUGCUUAGCAACAGCAUUCACGCUUUCUUACUCUUUUACCAACCUGGCCAUGGGCCCACCCUGCUUCGACGGUGAAUCUCCCUCACGCCCUCCAACACUACACCCCCUCCUGCAGCCGCAGCUAGGGAACGAUGCUGCUCCUUCCUCAGAACAGGCAGUACAGAGCAGCAGGGCUCAGCCGGGGCAUGGCUUGAUGAGGAUCUCUACCUGCAGGUACUAGGCUCAGACAGGAGGACAGGAUUACCCAUGCGCCCUGCAACGAGCCGGGCUCUCGGACCGUUGGGGGCAGGACGCUCAGGGGUCACCUCUGGAGCUGCUGACUGCAGAAGCGGACGGGAGGGGCGUGUGGUCGGCGGUGUGGUGAGACUCUGGGGCCCUGAGGGCCAGGGGCAGGGACACUGUGUACACCCAGGACUGCAGCUGUGUGUCUGGGGCCUGCUGGGAGCGCAGACGCUCCCUGACGCUGGACACGCAGGGUCAUGGGGAGGCUGUUCUGGGAGGUGGAUGGACUGGCCUGCCGUCCCCAGAGGGAGAGACUCAGCCAUGCUUUCAUAUUUAUUCUGACUCUGGCGUCACAGAGUUUGGAUUUUUGGCAGGACAGUCAAGCCUCGUUAGACAGCCUGCCAGUGUCUGCUCUACGCUCUCAUCCCUCUCUCUGGUUGGGGAAUGUCUACAUGGUGGAGGAGAGCACUAGAUUGGCCCAGGCAGCAUCCUGUUGACACAGCAGAGCAAGCCGGACUCUGGACAACCCUCCUGUCACCCCCCUCUCUCCCCGCCUCUCUCCCCGCCCCCCCGUCUCUUUCCCUGCCUCUCCCCUGCCUCUCCCCUCUCUAACACACACUCACUAUGUGGUUUCUGUAUAUAUUGUACAGAGGAAUUAUUUUAAAAAAAGGUUGAUGAAUGCUAUUGGAAACUUUCCUACUCUUUCUUUUCUUCUGUGUCUGUUAGCUUUCUCUUCUUUUCUACCGUUGUUGAUAUAAUAUGAAAAUCUGUAGCUGGUGUAGCUGGUGUAACGGCUUUAUAAUUGAAGUGUUGUGAUUGUUCCCCUCCCGCUCCCUCUCCAGCCCUCUACGUACGCUCCAGCGCUCUACGUACGCUCCAGCCCUCUACGUACGCUCCAGCGCUCUACGUACGCUCCAGCGCUCUACGUACGCUCCAGCGCUCUACGUACGCUCCAGCGCUCUACGUACGCUCCAGCGCUCUACGUACGCUCCAGCCCUCUACGUACGCUCCAGCGCUCUACGUACGCUCCAGCCCUCUACGUACGCUCCAGCGCUCUACGUACGCUCCAGCACUCUACGUACGCUCCAGCCCUCUACGUACGCUCCAGCGCUCUACGUACGCUCCAGCGCUCUACGUACGCUCCAGCCCUCUACGUACUCUCCAGCCCUCUACGUACGCUCCAGCGCUCUACGUACGCUCCAGCGCUCUACGUACUCUCCAGCCCUCUACGUACGCUCCAGCGCUCUACGUACGCUCCAGCGCUCACGUACGCUCCAGCCCUCUACGUACGCUCCAGCGCUCCCUGCGCCUCUUAGCAACCUGCCAUCACACCUGCUCACACCAUCCCAACAGAGAUCACAGAUUUUCUUUAUUUUAUGGUUUUCAUUCCCAAGAGAUACUGCUCGUGAGUGCACCGUUGUUCAGUGGGUAGCAGUAAUGUCCCAGCUAAGCAUGCUGGACCCAGGCAGAGGAGAGGGGUAAGACCAGCGCUGUCUGCUGAGAGAUGGAGCAGCUCUCCAGACUGCCCUCGUGGAGCCUGUCGAUCCAGUCUGCUUCUGCAUGAGGCCUUCAUCACCCUGACGGGCUGGAGGGCUUUGGGGCCGAAGCACUGCUAAUAAACACACUGGGUUGACGUUGUCUUGGGUAAGACAGACAAGAGUGGUGGGAUCUGCUUAGAGUGGUGGGAUCUGCUUAGAGUGGUGGGAUCUGGUUAGAGUGGUGGGAUCUGGUUAGAGUGGUGGGAUCUGGUUAGAGUGGUGGGAUCUGGUUAGAGUGGUGGGAUCUGGUUAGAGUGGUGGGAUCUGGUUAGAGUGGUGGGAUCUGGUUAGAGUGGUGGGAUCUGGUUAGAGUGGUGGGAUCUGGUUAGAGUGGUGGG